AUGUCCCUCCCCCGCCGGACAACAACCGUCACCCGCCUAACCGGCGAGACAAAGGUCCAAGUUUCGCUCUCCCUUGACGGCGGUGUGCUUCCGGCCUAUGAGACAUGUGAGCACUUUCCACAGGCAAGCCCGGAGGAAGCGACCCGCAUAGUACCCGUUCCCGAAGCACGGCAUUCCACCCAAUUCACCCCUACGCAACAGAUCACUAUAAAUACCGGCAUCGGGUUCCUUGACCACCUACUACAUGCGCUGGCAAAACAUGCUGGGUGGAGUUUGGCGGUGCGGUUCGACGACCACCACACAGCAGAAGACACCUUCCUUGCCCUCGGCACCGCCUUCAAACAAGCGCUAGGCCCCCGCCUCUCCCUCGUCCGCUUCGCCCGCGGCGACGCUCCCCUCGACGAAGCCCUCUCGUGGGCGGUAAUUGACAUCUCCUCGCGGCCCUAUAGUGUGAUAAACCUCGGCCUGAAGCGCGAGAAGAUUGGCGCGUUGAGCACGGAGAUGAUUCCUCAUGCGCUCGAGAGCUUUGCGCAGGCGGCGGGUGUCACGUUGCAUGUUGGUUGCGUUUACGGGGAUAAUGAUCAUCAUCGGGCGGAGAGUGCUUUUAAGGCUGUUGCGGUGGCGACGAGAGAGGCUUGCCGGAGAAGAGUGGAGGGAGAGGUUGGGGGUGGUGGGGAGCUCUCAGCGUCACAGAUAGAAGACAAGCUGCAAGAAUGCCCUCUUGUCCAAGAACUGAACGCGCGUAAACUUGCAUCAAGCCCCGAAACCACAAGCUUCACAUCUAAGCUCUUCACGAUUCUUUUCCCUGGAAGCCCGGCAGUCAAUGCUAUAUUAGCUACACUCUACAUAUCUGGGCCACCUAAUUUUCUCCUCGCAUUAUGUCCUCCAGACAUCAAUCCUUCGUCCCUAUCCAUCAUGGUUGCGUUUGCGGUUGGUGGGCUUCUGGGUGAUACGCUCUUCCAUCUGCUGCCGGAGAUAUUCCUAGGCGAAGAUUCACCAGAACAUGUCCGCUUUGUCCUCGUCGAACCAAAUAGAAACAUCCUCCUUGGCCUUGCUGUUCUUGUCGGGUUCAUGACUUUUGUGGCGAUGGACAAGGGGCUCCGCAUCGCUACCGGAGGAGUAGGCGGGCACGAUCAUAGCCACAGCCAUACCCAUGCGGCGGAAGGUAGCGUCGCAAUAUCCUCCGGCUCCACAACCUCCAACAAGGAAAAUGUGGGCGAGCUAAAGAAGCGCAAGUCAGACUCCAAAACAGAGGCCAAUAAUAAUAACCUCUCAGAGGUCGACAAGAAGGAAGUAAGCCCCAGCACCAAGCUAGGCGGAUAUCUCAACUUAAUUGCGGACUUUACUCACAAUAUUACCGACGGGCUUGCGAUGUCCUCAUCCUUCUAUGCAUCCCCGACCAUCGGCGCGACAACGACCGUUGCUGUUUUCUUUCAUGAAAUCCCCCAUGAGGUCGGUGACUUUGCACUACUGAUCCAAUCUGGGUUUUCCAAGCGCAAGGCAAUGGGUGCUCAAUUCGUCACUGCCAUUGGAGCCUUCCUGGGAACUUUCAUUGGAAUUGCGGUUCAGGAGUUUGGCGGCAAAAGUGAAGCAGGAGACUUAUCAGAUGCUGGGGCGAUGGCGACACAAACAGGCCUUCUGGGCACGAGUUUGGCAAUGAAAGACCUGCUUCUUCCCUUCACUGCAGGUACAUUCUUGUAUGUCGGCACUGUUGCAGUUAUUCCUGAAUUAUUGGAGACGGGCAAGAAUAAAGGGGAGGAGUUGAGGAAGACGGCAAAGCAAUUUAUUGCUAUGGCGGCUGGGGCGGGCAUUAUGCUUUGGAUAUCAUGGGCCUGA